ACAGAGUUAUGAGUCAUUCUUGUCAGCAGCUUCCCUCUCUAGCAAGACCUCAGACUGACUUGUGUCUUACAUAUCGCAUAAGCAGACCGAGCCGUACAACAGUUUCUUUCACUAAUAACAACUUAGCGCCACGCGUCGCGUUCUUAGACCAGUUCGUCAACGCAAACGAAAUGGCGGGAUCAGGCCGGCACGUACACCUCCUCCUGUGCCUCGUGCUCAUAGGCACGAUUGUGCGCGCGGACGCCAAGUACAUCGUGGUGGGGAAGGGCAGCGGGUCGCUGUUCGGGCAGAUCUUCAGCCCGUGGACGUUCGGCGUGAGCAGCUGGAAGGCGCCCAAAGUCUAUGCCGGCGACCAGCUCGUCUUUCGAUGGGUGCUGCCGCACAACGUGAAGAAAUUCAGCGACGGCGCUAGUUACUCGGUGUGCGAUUUCACAUUCGCGAAGACUCUGCAGGGCACGUCGUACGUGGGCCUCCUCUCGUACACCGUCCAGGACGGCGACAAGGGCCAGACGCUGUAUUUUGGAAGCUCUGAGUCGUCGGACUGCAAGCGUAACCUCAAGGUGCAGGUUCCUGUGCAGCUGUUUUAAAACGAUUCGAUAUAAGCUGGUCCAGCAACAGGUAGCUGCUGCCUACUGGAAGUACACGGUCAAGGACGGCGACAAGGGGCAGACGCUGUAUAUUGGAAGCUCUGAUUCAUGGACGGACCCACGCGGAACCUCAAGGUGCAGAUCCCAGAGCAGAUCCCAGGUGCAGAUCCUCGAUAUAGGUAGCUUACGAUACUGUAACUUAGGACUUAAGAAACGGGGCUGUUUGAUUGUUGCGCGGGAACCCUACCGUGGCCUGGAAUAUGCCUUGUUGAUGGAGACGUGCUUUGCAGCUCGUGGUGUGUAGAUUAUGUAUGAGAUGUCUGGGAUGGUGAAUAAUUGCGAGCUCAUGUUAAUUAGUGUCAUCGCCUGUCCUUACCCGACGACAUCACCAUGCAUGGAUUAUAACAAUCGGACUCA